AUGGCAACAAGUAUUUACCAACAUUCAGCUGUUGAUACGACUGGUCAAAGUGUUGAGUUUACCAAGUAUACGUAAGUUGUUGAUGUUGACAGAGUAAUGAACGUAUACUGUUAAUACUAUCUAUUUAAUAACCGCUCUAGUCUCUGUUGUUUAUCUUUUUAAAUAUAUUUUUUUAAUUUUUUUAAAUAUUCAGCAAAAGUGUAUAACUUCCGUAACUUACAAAAAAUUUAAAAAUUUCAGUGGAAAAGUGUUGAUUGUAGUUAACGUAGCAUCUGAAUGUGGAUUGACCAAGCCGAAUUAUAAACAGUUAUCAGAAUUGUACAAGAAGUACAGAAACAGAGGGCUAGAUAUUGCUGCGUUUCCUUGUAAUCAAUUUAAAAAUCAAGUAAGUCAUAAAUACUAAAAAACCUAUUUAGUCUUAUAUUACGUGUAACACUCUCUUUAUAAUAACAGCUUUCUGAGCGUUCGUUGUAAUGGAACUAUUAUCAAAAACUAUAUGGGUAGUGGGAUACCCUGGUUAUAAGAACAGGUUUAGACUAGUUUCUUGAGUGUUAUAUUAAAGAGGAUAUACUGUCGUACUAUUGUAGCUUAAGUAGGCUUAUGAUAAAAAUAAAAGACAAGAUAGGGCAUAUUAUAAAACACGUUUUGCUUUUUUUUUAAAGUAAAAUACGCAUAUUUGAAUUAAUGGUUGUUUUAAAAAAUUAAUGAUUUUCAAUUAAAAAUUUCAAUAACAAUCUUUUAAAAUCCAAAUUCAGGAACCGUUACCAGCCUUAAAAGUGAAAAACAACGUCAGCUACAAGUACCACUUUAAGCCAGACUUCUACGAGAAGAUCGAUGUGAAUGGUGACAAUGCCCACCCAAUAUUCAAAUACUUGAAAGAAAAAACAAAUUUGAGAAAUGUGAAAUGGAACUUUACAAAGUUUCUGAUCAACAGACAAGGUGACAUAAUCGACGUUUUUGGGCCCACAUUUCAGCCAAAAAACAUGGAAGAUGACAUUGUUAAAGCGUUAGAAACUACUGAUUAUGUUAAAGAUAAGAAGGCUAAAUUGUAG